AUGGAACGGCUAUGGCGCAUCGAUCAUGUGGAGCCUCCUGAGAUCACACUUACGCCAGAGCAGCGAAACUGUGAGGAGUUCUACACCAAAACGGUACGACGUAAUUCAGACGGUCGAUUGGAAGUACGACUUCCAUUUAAAGAUGAACCUACCGUUCUCGGAGCCUCAUUCGACAUUGCCAAAAGGAGAUUCCUCUCCCUCGAACGCAGCCUAUGCAAAAGGCCUGAGGUAGGGGCCAAAUAUGUUGAAUUUAUGCAGGAGUUUCAAAAGCUGGGACACAUGAGUUCCGUGAGCCAUCCACAGUUAAACACUCCGCAUUAUUAUAUUCCGCACCAGUGCGUGCUCAAGCCUAAUAGCACAUCAACAAAGCUUAGAGUGGUUUUCGACGCAUCCUGCAAGACGACGUCCCAGAAAUCGCUCAACGACAUUCUGAUGGUCGGGCCGACCAUUCACCCAGAUCUUUAUACACUACUCCUGCGUUUUCGGAUACAUCGCUAUGCCAUCACUGCUGAUGUGGUCAAGAUGUUCCGCCAAGUCAACAUGUUUGCCGAGGAUCGCAGAUUCCAAUACAUUCUUUGGAGAGCGUCGCCAUCGCAACCAUUGAGCACCUUCGAAUUGAAUAAUGUAACAUAUGGCACAGCGGCUGCACCGUAUCUAGCCAUACGCAGUUUGUCAUAUCUAGCCGACAAAUUCAUGGACAAAUUGGAGAUUGGAGCUAAAGCCAUCAAAUCGUCUUUCUAUGUGGAUGACUUCCUAGGUGGAGCGGAUACGGUAGAGGAGCUACAUCAAAUCAAAAGGGAAGUUACAGCGAUUCUACAGGAUGGCCAAUUAGAACUCGCAAAAUGGCAUUCAAAUCACUGCAAGUUUGUCGAUGACGCUACAGUCAAACAUUUGCAGUUGGACGACGAAAUGCUAACCAGCACGCUUGGCCUAAAAUGGGACCAAGUACGGGACACAUUCAUGUUCUCGUUCUCGCCAAGAUUCGAUUCGGACCACGUCACCAAGCGAUCGAUUUUGUCCAUAGCCUCUUCGCUGUUUGAUCCGUAG